UUUUGUUUUUCCUCACAACGUCAUGCGAGCGAGGAGGAAACAGGGACGAAAGAAUUUGAUUAUUUUAUUUUAUUUUUUAUUUUUCCUGCGUCUUGUUUAAGCAGAAUAAAAUAAAAUAAAACCCCAGCGAUUUAGAAACAGACGCCCUGCGGGGGGGGUUUUAAAAACAAGGACUUAAUUUAAGAGAGAUAUAUUCUUUAAGGGGCUGUUUUUUUAAUUGAAAUAGAGAGAUGGGGUCUUCUAAAAAACACAAGGAGAGAGACCGGGAGAGAGACCGGGAGCGCAAGAAACACAAGCCCAAGGGGAAGGAGCGGGAGAAGGACCGGGAGAGCACGAAGGACCGGGAGAGGGAGCGGAGGAAGCGGUCGCGGUCCCGGGAGCGAACCGGCCGGGGGUCGGAGAGAGAGGGCAAAGCGGGCAAGAGCGAGCGAAGCACCGGGGAGCCCAAAAUCAAGAAGGAGAAAACUGACGAUGGAUUCGAAGAAGCUCCUGGGCCCAAAUCUGCUUCUGGAGAUGCCUCUCUCAGCAUUGAAGAAACAAACAAGCUGAGAGCCAAACUGGGGUUAAAACCUCUGGAAUUAAAUGAAGCGAAAAAAGAGCUGGGUACGAAGGAGGCUCCUCUCCUGGCGCAGACUAUAAACCCUGUGUACCUCAAGCAGCAAGAGGAAAUGCGUGAGAAACUGGCUGCCAUGAAACAGAAGCGACUGCUUAAUCAGAAACUGGGGAAAGUAAAGACCCUGGCGGAGGACGACCCCUGGCUGGACGACACUGCAGCCUGGGUGGAGAGAAGCCGUAAGAUGGCAAAGGACAAGGAGCUGGCAGAGAAGAGGGCGAAGAUGCUGGAAGAGAUGGAUGAGGAGUUUGGGAUCAGCAGCCUGGUGGAUGAGGAGUUUGGAAAGGGGAAGAAGGAGAAUUACUCUUCCAAAGAUCUGAAGGGACUGACGGUUCAGCACAAGAUCGAAUCCUUCCAGGAGGGGCAGACGGUGAUCCUCACGCUGCAGGACAAAGGCGUGCUGGCGGAGGAGGAAGACGUCCUCGUGAACGUGAACCUGAUCGAUAAGGAGAGAGCCGAUAAGAACGUGGAGCUGAAGAAGAAGAAGCCAGACUACAAGCCCUACGAUGAGGAGGAGAGCGUCGACGACAUGGCCACACUCAAGCACAAGUCCGUCCUCUCGAAGUACGACGAGGAGAUCGACGGGGAGAAGAAAAAGAGUUUCCGUCUGGAGACGGGGGGGCGGGCGGACGGGUCCUGGGAGAGGGAGCUGCAGCAGAUCAGAGACACCCUGCAGAGCCAGGCUCAGAGUCUGGACGGACCGGGACUGAGGCUGGCUUCGGAGUACUACACUCCCGACGAGAUGGUCACCUUCAAGAAGACUAAGUGCCGCGUGAAGAAGAUCCGCAAGAAGGAGAAGCCGUUGAAGGUGGAGGAGCUGCUCCCCCUGGUGGCCGAGACGCAGAGCGGGGACUUCGGCUCCAGGUCCAGGGGGCGUGGCCGGAGGCGGGGCUCGGACGAGGACGAUCGCGUGGAGGAGAGGAAGGUGCCGGUUCCAAGCCAGCUGUCCGACGACACUCGCGUGGAGAAGAUGGAGAUCAGCGAUGAAGAUGAUUUUGAAGUCCCAGAGGCUGUAGCUAUUGAAGAAGACGAGGCUGAACUGGAGCUGCAGGCACAGCUGGAGAAGCAGAGGAAGCUGAGACAGAAACAGCUGCUCGAGGAUUCUGGGGAGAAGGUUGUGCGGAUCGUGAAGUCGUUGGAGUCGCAAGACGACGGAGAGGACCCCGACAGGAAGAACAACAUCGUGUUCAACGCCACCUCGGAGUUCUGCCGCACGCUCGGAGACAUUCCCACAUACGGACUGUCCGGAAACCGGGAAGAUCAGGAAGAGAUCAUGGAUUUCGGGAAGACAGAGGAGAAGUCUCAGGGCACCGGCUCGGAUUCUGAUUUCGAUGAGAACGUGGGCUGGAGCACGGUCAACCUGGACGAGGAGCAGAAACAGCCAGACUUCUCCACAGCCUCCACCACUAUCCUGGAUGAGGAGCCCAUUGUGAACUCUGGACUGGUGGCCGCACUGAUGCUGUGUAAGAACAAAGGUCUGCUGGACACUCAGAUGCAGAAGAUUGCGAGAGUGCGGGCGCCCAAGGCAGCCCUGCCCAACGACCUGUACUGCAUCGAGGAUAAAAUGACCAUCGAUGACAAGUACAGCCGUCGGGAGGAGUACCGCGGCUUCACCCAGGACUUCAAGGACAAGGACAGCUACAAACCGGACGUGAAGAUCGAGUACGUGGACGAGACGGGGCGCAAACUCACCCCGAAGGAGGCUUUCCGCCAGCUCUCUCACAGGUUCCACGGGAAGGGGUCGGGCAAGAUCAAGACUGAGCGGAGGAUGAAGAAGCUGGAGGAAGAGGCUCUGCUGAAGAAGAUGAGCUCCAGCGACACUCCUCUGGGCACGGUGGCUCUGCUCCAGGAGAAGCAGAAAUCCCAGAAGACUCCCUACAUCGUGCUGAGCGGAGGCGGCAAGAGCAUGAACGCGAACACCAUUACAAAAUAGAGAGCCGUUUGGCUGUACUGGGAUCGUACUGGCCGCCCCUUUUUUUUUUUUUUUUCCUUGAACUGGUUUGGAUCUGUCCCAGUUCUGAGACUGACCUGGAUCGGCAAUCUACCGCAGAAUCGUCACAACUCCUCAGGGUGUUGACAAAUCCUGUUGGUUUAAUUUGCAUUGAGGUUGACUCACGGCUAACCAAACGAGGACAGAAACCAGCUUUAUUUUCACUGCAUCCAAAACGUCAUCUGUUACAUCCAACACCAAUUUGAUAAACAUUCCCUUUUUAGAAAGAGAAAGUCUAUGCAGAAUUAAAAUCCUGUUAGAAUCAAAUAAACACUGACCCUUACCCUCUUUUUUUAUUUUAAAGGGUAAGUGUUUUAGAUUGAUUUUGUGCAGUUCUGAUUCUAGUCUUGUUUAAAGGCUGUGCUUGCAGUUUAGCGCCAGGAAAGCGACAGACGCUUUCUGUCAUUCUGUCUCAACAUCUCUCCUGUGAGCUCAGUUUUGCCAAACUGUACCCCUCAUGAAAACCUGCAUACACCCCAAAAUAUAACAAGCGAGCUUUAAUCCUAGAUGCGCCCUCUUCAGGUCGCACCCGUUAUUGAACAUAUUUUUGUAUUAAAAUUGGCCAUACCAAAAAACCGGCUGCAGUACCAGCCUCUCCCCAGCAGAUGUCACUGUUUCCAGGCAUCUCUGUUGGGUGCACAGCGACUGUGAAUGAAACGCAUAUACACAAGACUUCAAAUUCUGUAGCGGUUCGAGGCGAGUUUCUAUGGAAACUUGAAGCUUGGAAUUGGCCGUUGCAAAGCUUUUGUUGAGUCAUUCAGUUUCUUCAGAAAAUAAAUACAGUUUGUAAGUGAUUUAUAAGAGGAACACAAAGUAUUUGGUAAGGGGUGGUGAUGAAAAAAUACUGAUGUGGUACAGUGUAAUAUGCAUUUGAGUUUUAAUUAAAAAUAUUAACCAUUUAAGCCUGA